CGUGAGCCUCUCUGCUCGGCACCCCGGCGCGGAUCCCUGGGUUGGUCUGGCCUGGGCCAUUGACGUCACCACCAAGUUUGCUGUCCUUCGCGUCCCACGUGUGGCGGUAGCGGCCAAGGAGGCUGCGGGGAGCGUCUAGGAGCACAGUGGCAGCGACCACUGACAGGUCCCGAGCAGAGGGUCUACUCCAGGCGGCUCCCAGCUGGAGUCCCAGAGGAGUGGGUAGACUUCCGGAGAGCCCCCAAGAGGCCAGAAGGUUUGAGUUCCACUCAGACAGAGGGGCUAAGGGAGACCUGGCUCCGUGCUGACCCUCUGAGCCAGGACUCUGAGCGCGCUCCUGGGAGGGCCAGGAAAACAGAGCAGCCAACGGCUGGGAAAAGGGUCACUCGCUUUGUCCGGAGCGCACACAGCUCUGCGGACCGGGAGCUCCGCGUCCCCUCCACAGGGACGGAGUCAAGGAUGCACGGUCACUGAGCCGAGAUCCGCACCGAGUGGCCGCUCAGGAACCCUGCUGAGCCCAGCGCCUUCGCCACCGCCGCCGCAGAGACUGUCUUGUCCGGCGACUCUCGGGGACCCGGGGCGCCAAGCUCUGCCCAACUAGGCUCAGGACACGAGCACAUUUCAGACCCGAGACGAUGGUUUCUUAAGCACGGCCCCGAACCCCUUCCUGCCCCUUCGUCCGGAGCCCGGGACCUCGAGAAGGGCUCGCGGGCGGCUUCUGGUCCCCGCUCCAGCUCUGGUCGCCGCUCCGCGGGGCACCUCUCCCGCUGGCAGGGGCGCUCGGGCGAUGUGGCCUCAGGGCAGUGAGCGGGAUGGCAGGGCUCCUGGUGCAGUCCCGGCCUAGCAUGGCCCGCCCGUCGUCAGUCGCCUGCGGCUAGGAUGGCCCCCUCGGGCCCCGCCGGUGCCCAGCCAGGCCCUGCUGAGCCACUGUCGCGCAGCAUCUUCAGGAAGUUCUUGCUGAUGCUCUGCUCGCUACUCACUUCCCUCUACGUCUUCUACUGCCUGGCCGAGCGCUGCCAGCCCGGGUCAGGCCCCGUCGCGGGGGUCCCGGGGAGCGGCGUCUCUGCAGGACCGAGGGAGCUGGCGGCGUGGCCGGCGGGGGCGCAAAGGAAGCGCCUCCUGCAGCUGCGGCAACGGCGGAGACGCGGGCGGCCCGGGCCAGGCGACCAGGAUGAGCAGAGCCCUGGGCUGACCGCGGCUCCAGGAGGCUCCGGGGCGGGAAGCAGCGUGGCGGAGGCCCAGUCCGGGACCCUGGCCCUACUCCUGGACGAGGGUAGCAAGCAGCUGCCGCAGGCCAUCAUCAUCGGAGUGAAGAAGGGCGGCACGAGGGCGCUGCUGGAGUUUCUGCGCGUGCACCCCGACGUGCGCGCCGUGGGCGCCGAGCCUCACUUCUUCGACCGCAGCUACCACAAGGGCCUCGCCUGGUACCGGGACCUGAUGCCCAGAACCCUGGAGGGUCAGAUCACCAUGGAGAAGACGCCCAGCUACUUCGUGACCCGGGAGGCACCAGCGCGCAUCUCGGCCAUGUCCAAGGACACCAAGCUCAUCGUGGUGGUGCGCGACCCCGUGACCAGGGCCAUCUCGGACUACACGCAGACGCUGUCCAAGCGGCCAGACAUCCCCAGCUUUGAGAGCCUGACGUUCCGCAACCGCAGCGCGGGCCUCAUCGACACGUCCUGGAGCGCCAUCCAGAUCGGCCUGUACGCCAAGCACCUGGAGCCCUGGCUGCGCCACUUCCCGCUGGGCCAGAUGCUCUUCGUGAGCGGGGAGCGGCUGGUCAGCGACCCGGCCGGGGAACUGCGCCGCGUGCAGGAUUUCCUGGGCCUCAAGUGCAUCAUCACCGACAAGCACUUCUACUUCAACCAGACCAAGGGCUUCCCGUGCCUCAAGAAGGCGGAGGGCAGCGGCAAGCCGCACUGCCUGGGCAAGACCAAGGGUCGUGCGCACCCUGCCAUUGCGCGCGAGGUGCUGCGGCAGCUGCGUGACUUUUACAGGCCCUUCAACCGCAAGUUCUACCAGAUGACCGGCCGCGACUUCGGCUGGGAUGGAUAGCAGAUAUAAUUUAAAAAGAAAAAAAAUAUCAAAAUAUAAUAUAUUUUUUUACCAGUCGGUAGAGAAAAGACAUUUUAAUAUUUGUGUAUUAAGUAUGUGUUGCAGUAGUUUUUUUUUCCUGUUCCCAUGAAUAACCAGCAUCAAAUUUGUGCGCAGCAGGAAAGGAGAUUUCAUUUAUCCAAGUUUGUUUAUGUUCUGAGCACUAUUUUGCUAGGAUAAGCACCAGUCACUGCUAAACGGUUUAUGAAAAUUCUCAGUGUAAACCUCCCUUCUGUUAAGUACAGAAACCUGAUAGAGUUGAGACCUGGCCUUCCCUUUUUCUAUCUUUCUCCUGUGCCACUCUUUCUGCUAAGUCACUUCGCAGUUACUGAUACUCUGCGUGUGCACAGGGCAGUUUUCCAUUGUAGUUUUGACCCUCACGCUACUGCUGUAAGCGUGUUGGCGUUUUCAGAGAUCAUCCUUUUCUAUUUUAGAGGAAAGGGAAACUGAGUCUCAGGGAGGCUGAAUGACUUGUCCUAAAGCCGGGUGCUGGAUCCUGGACAAAAUCCUGUCUGCUACUUUGACUCUGUUUUAUGACAGGGAGAGGCGGUUGCUUAAGACACCUGGAGCUUUAGAAGCUCUGGAGUGACCCCACGAGGGCAGAGGGGCCUUGUUACUGCAAUCUGAGUUCCAGGCUGGCCUAUGGUAUACAGCCUCAUUACAUAGCUGUAUUCAUGGGAGUCACUGAGAUGGGGACACAAGCUCUCUGGGGAGCCUGUCUUUGCCUCUUGGCUGAUCAAAGAGCGCUGAGCUGAGGAAAUCUGACCCAUGGGUGGUCAUCUGAGUUGCAGAGAAAUUCCUGGAUUCUUCUAUUGAGGGAAGAUGGGCAGAAACAACCAAGAGUGUAGCAGAGUGCCGCUUUCCUUGUUCUUGAAAGAAAAUCUCCCUUUUUGAGUAGUCUCUCAUCCCUGACCUCAGUUAGGAAGACUUUCCGGCUCCCCCAGUUUUCAGAUUGAGAGACCUGUCACUCAGUGGCUCUGCCCUCCCCCCUCCCCGCCCCAAUCUACUUACUUCUUAGGUUAUAGGAGUUAUAACCUAAAGCUCAUUGACGAUUGGAAAACAUUCAAAGAAGCACAGUUGUGGGUGGAAUCCCACCCCUUCUUGCCUGUCCCCUGUUUAAAUGGCUCAGUGAAUCAACAGUUUAUUGAGAGUGCUCCUUGCUCUCUGAGUGGGUAUUAACAAGAUUAGCAUUAAUGGGAAUUAAAUUACUUUAGUGAGGAGCACAUAGGCACUGAACAUACACAGCAUUCUUAAUUAGUCCGUCAGCAACAUUUUAUUACAGGUUUAAGACCAGGAAGGAAGUGUUUGCUAUUCCAUCAAUAUUGUCUUUAUGUACUAAAAUUUAAAGGGCCAGAUACUCUAGUAUACUAAAAUAAUAUUCUGCUUUCCUCUGCUGUCAAUCAAGUUAAUAUUGUUUUACGAUAUGCUGGAUGACUCUAAGCUUGUGCUCUGUUACAGAUGUCCGUGUCUCUUAAGAAAACUAAUACGGGUUCAAAGGGAGUGAAAACUGCUUUUUAACUUUCUACAUAUUUUGUCAUCUGCAGGUUUAUUGGUUAAUGUCCCACUUAUGGGAAUUAAGCCCCAAACUCAGGUCCCUUUUCCACUUUGUCUCCUUCCCCUCCAUGCCCUCAACAUCCAGCACCGCUGUCUGUUUUUAGACGACGUGAGUCAUCAUCAGCGGCCACCAGAGACUCGCUUUAAGCUCUGCUCACCUUUUAAUUUGUUCUGUUUGUACUUCUGAAUCUUUUGUACUCCUCUCUCUGCCUGUCAUUAUGCAAAAGCGGUUUGCACAAAGCCGGAAUUGUAUCUAACAGCUGCACUCAGUAACCUUCCUCUUUUCCCAUGGAAGAGAUAUAAUAAAAGAACAAAAUUGAGUGCCAA